CUCCACUAUUGAAACCAUUUUCCACGAAUUUUGUUGCCUCUGUCUACUAGUUAUAUCCGCAUUCUGCAACUACUAGAGUGCUAGUUGUCCGGCGGCCAUUGCUUCGCUCGAUUUCUCCUACGCAGUUCUCCAGUGCAGAGCAUUACUCUCAGUUAAUACAUUGUUCAGUGCUUCCUGAGGUGCCCAAUGGAAAUUAUCAUCCUCAUCUCACUUGUUGUGCUUCUUGUACUGGGAGCACUCUUUGUUAUUCCAAGAUCCAUCAGCAAAGGUAAAGGAAAGGAAGCACAUUCAGGAGGAACUGGAACGGCAUCUAGGAGCUAUUCAAAGAAAGAUGUAUCAACUCACAACACAAGGAAGGAUUGUUGGAUCAUAAUCAAGGACAAGGUUUAUGAUGUAACUUCAUAUGUGGAGGAGCAUCCAGGUGGUGAUGCCAUUCUAAACAAUGCUGGUGCUGAUUCGACAGAGGGAUUUUUCGGGCCGCAACAUGGCACAAGAGUCUUCGAUAUCAUUGAGGAUUUUUGCAUCGGCGAAUUGAAAGACUGAUGAUAAAGAGGGGAGGUUGUAAAAGCUCCAAAUGUGAACCCAUGCUUCUUCCACAGUUUCCUGAAUACGACGACAAGGAAUGAAAACUUGUUCUAAUUGUGAUGAGGACUGCUCCCAGGCCCAGCUGUGUGGUUCUGAUUUCAUCUUUGACCUUGUUGCUUAUUGUAGGACCAGUUGUUUGGACUAUUUAUGUGUCCGAAAUGAUUUCCUAGCUUUAUCUUUUCAAGAAGAUAUGUUUUCUUAGAUUUAUGGAACUUUCUCAGACCAGACAAGGAACUGGGCCAACUUUCAUGCUGAUUCCUGUCAUGACAAUGAAAGUUUCACUCGUUUGAAAGAUAACCUUUGCCCAGUCAA